AUGGUCGCCGCGGCAGCAGAAGCCACUACAGACGACGUGGGUCAUGUGGUAGACCUACGCCAUGUGGAGGAGGAGGCAGUCAAAGAUGAGGAAUAUCGGCUCCUCCAUGAGUGCGUGGCCAAUGAUGGUUGGGGCGAGCGGAAGGACGCCGAGCCGGCCGCGCUACACCCGUACUUCAGGAUGCGGCGGCACUUGUCAUGUCAAGGUGACAUUGUGCUUUACACCAGCGAUGAGAGAUUCCCCCGCCUUGUCAUCCCAACCGCCCUCAGACGCACCGUGCUCGCCAAUCUCCUCGCUGGUCAUCAGGGCAGAGACUCAAUGCUUCGCAGAGCCAGGCAGUCUGUAUACUGGCCCGGCAUCGAUGCAGAAGUGGAGCAAAAACGACGCCAGUGCCAGAUGUGCGAGACGCACACCCCCUCUCAACCAGCCGAGCCGCUCCUGCCCACCCCACCACCCCAGUUCCCAUUUCAACAAGCAGUGGCCGACCUGUUUCACCUACACGGCAAUGUGUACAUCGCAUACGCCGACAGGCUGACAGGCUGGCUAGAAGUGGAACACCUGUCUGGGGAAGCCACCAGCUCCCGCCUUAUCACGUUGUUCCGGCGGUGGUUCACACGCUUCGGCAUCCCUGAAGAGCUCUCAUGUGACGGGGGCACCAACCUCACCAGCCACGAAUCGAGGAGGUUCUUGGAGGACUGGCGUGUCACCCUACGAAUCUCAUCAUCCCACUACACCCAAUCUAAUGGACGUGCAGAAGCAGCUGUCAAGUCGGCCAAGAGGCUGUUAAGAGGCAACACAACGCGCGGGGGCUCCUUAGACACCGACAGCACUGCCAGAGCGAUCCUCCAGUACCUAAACACACCCCUGCACGGCCUCGACGCAUCCCCAGCACAGCUGCUGACAGGCAGACAGCUGCGAGACGCCAUACCCGUAGAGAGCUCCCGCUGCCUCAUCAGUAGGGCAGGACACUGCGCGACCGGGAACGUGCCAUGA